UAUUUUUUCACCACCACACUAACUCAAACUCAAACUCAAACUCAAACUUCAAUCAAUGGAGUCAGGAAAAGCAACGAAAGCCGCCGGAGGAAGAAAAGGCGCCGGAGAGAGGAAGAAGUCUGUCACAAAGUCCGUCAAAGCCGGUCUCCAGUUCCCCGUCGGAAGAAUCGCUAGGUUUUUGAAAAAAGGCCGAUAUGCUCAACGAACCGGAUCCGGAGCUCCGAUCUACCUUGCUGCUGUUCUAGAAUACCUAGCUGCUGAGGUUUUGGAGUUGGCUGGAAACGCAGCGAGAGAUAACAAGAAGACAAGGAUAAACCCUAGACACUUGCUAUUGGCUGUUAGGAACGAUGAGGAAUUGGGGAAAUUGCUUGCUGGUGUUACCAUUGCCAGUGGAGGUGUGUUGCCCAAUAUCAAUCCGGUUCUUUUGCCCAAGAAGUCUUCUUCUGCUGCUGAGGCUGAGAAGACCCCCAAAUCUAAAAAGUCGCCUAAAAAGGCUUAGAUACAUGUCUGUGAUUACAGCUGUGUCGAAGCAUAACCCUCUUUUGGCAAUGUAACUAUUUCGUAGUCUUGAUAUGAUGAAUGGAUAUCCCCUUUAUAACGAUUUCUAGAUUUUCAAGCUUA